AUGCUCUCACGUGUUGCUGCUGUGAAGGCACCCCGCACACACAACCGUCGCCGCAUGACCGGAUCCCGCGGAAGGAGGAAGGAAGGAAGAGAGAGUGAGCGGCAGAGGCCCAACAUGUCCCGGCGUGCGUUUACUUCCGCGGUGCUCCUCCUCCUCGUCGUGUUGAUGUGCUGCGGCAGUGGAGCUGUGAUUGCUAAAGAGGCGGUUUCAUCCCUGAAAUCUUCACCGGAAAAACAUUUUGGUUGGAGGGAUGUGAAAACAGAAGAAGAAACAGUGGAUUCGCUCUAUGUUCCCAGUCUUGUUAAGGUGAAUGGUGAUGUGUUUGCCGUUGCCGAAGCGCAGUGCAAGAAGAAAGAAGGAUGUAGUUUUACUGGGAUUGCCUCGGAGCUCCUAAAAUUGAAUGAAAAGCAAAAAGAGGAGUUGGAUAAAACCAAACUGAAGACACAAGUACUGGAGGAGUGGCCGUCCGAACAAGUCGAACGCCCCUGCCGUAUAGCGGAUCAGGCUGUUUCUCAGGGAGUGAAGAAUUCACAUGUGAGCCGACCAACAACAGUUGCGAAGGAAAGUGUUAUUUACAUGCUUGCUGGAAAUUACAGUUGGACACCUAAAGCUGGCGAUCAGGUUAGUGGUGCAACUGACUGGGGACUUAUGCUGGUGAAAGGUAACGUAAGUAACGAAGAAAGUAGCAAUGAAAAAAGAAUUUACUGGAAUGACAGUUACUUUAUUCCGUGGAAUUAUAAAGACAAACAACACGAAUCUUUGUUGCGGCUGAUUGGCAGCGGCGGAUCGGGCGUUAAGAUGAAUGACGGUACGAUUGUGUUCCCAUUGGAAGGGACGAGGAAGAAGAAGAACCAGGAUGGUGGCAACGAAAAGGAUGGGAAGACCGUCUCACUUAUCAUAUACUCGAAGGAUACUAAGAGUUGGGUGCUGUCGAAGGGGAUGUCUGCCGAUGGCUGCAGUGCUCCCUCCGUCGUGGAGUGGGAGGAGGACAAACUCAUGAUGAUGACUGCGUGUGGUGAUGGCCGCCGCAGGGUGUACGAGUCCGGUGACAAGGGGGAGUCGUGGACGGAGGCACUCGGGACACUUUCGCGCGUGUGGGGCAACAAAAAGGACGGAGAAGCGAAGGCCGUUGGAAGCGGGUUCAUCACAGCGACAAUUGAUGAUAAGAAGAGAACUGUGAUGCUUGUUGCUCUGCCAGUGUAUCCCACGAAUACUCAGAAAGGACAAGUUAAUGAAAAGGGCGUACUCCAUCUUUGGCUGACGGACAAUACGCACAUUGUUGAUAUUGGGCCGAUAUCCGGGAAGGACGAUGACGCUGCUGCCAGCGCCCUGUUGUACAAAAGUACUGGAAGUGGAACUGAUGAUAAUAAUGAGGAGUUGAUUGCACUGUACGAGAAGAAGGGCGAUGGAGAAUCAUCGUCCGGUAUGGUCUCUGUGCUUCUGACUGAGCAGCUGGAGCGGGUGAAGGAUGUGCUGGCCACCUGGAAAGAAGUGGACGAACGUGUCUCCAAGCUGUGUGCCACUUCAAUUGUUGAGAAGGUUACCUCACCUUACACUGCCUGCAGCGAUGUUAAGAUCACGGCUGGGCUGGUUGGCUUUUUGUCCGGCAACUUCUCUGAGAAAACAUGGAGGGACGAGUACCUCGGAGUGAACGCCACAGUAACUGGUGAGACAACAAAAGUAACAGAGUCUUCAGAUGGAGUGAAGUUCCGGGGAGCGUGGGCGGAGUGGCCCGUUGGCAAGCAGGGGGAGAAUCAGCUGUACCGCUUUGCGAACUACAACUUCACUCUUGUGGCGACGGUGUCCAUCGACGGUGUGCCGACGAAGGAGGGCCCUAUUCCAGUGAUGGGUGUGAAGAUGAGUGAUGCAGAGAAUCCAGUACUCCUGGGACUGUCGUACAACAACAAAGAGAAAAAGUGGCAGAUGCUGUGCGGUGGGAAACCGACGGAGGUGCAAAACCACAUUGAGGGGCAAGAGAAAACACAGCAGGUGGCCAUUGUGCUGCAGAACGGCACUCAGGGCUCCGCGUACGUCGAUGGUAAGCGUGUGGGUGAGCCAUGUAAAUUGGAGAAUACGAAUUCUAAAGGGAUCUCCCACUUCUACAUUGGAGGGGACGGAAGCAACACAGAGGGCCAAGGAGGCGUGUCUGUGACUGUGAGGAACGUCCUGCUGUACAACCGCCCGUUGGAUGACAAUGAGAUUACUGCUCUUAAUGCAAUUAAACCCCCGAUUACGCCUCCGAAGGAAACAAAUGCGCAGGAAAUUGUGUUGCCUUCUUCUGGUGGAACACCGCAUGCGGGACAGGAACCUUUGAAUGGAGGUGAAGGUGCUGCCGGUGGAAGUGCAUCCCCAUCAGCAGUGUCCGCUUCAACGACUUCCUCGGGAAGUGGGCAAUCUGUGAACCAACUCGCGCCAGGAAAGCCUCCCGAUGGAAAUGCAGAUGUGGAUGUCGCUUUCUCGUCUAGCGGUAACCCGACGGUGGGGGAGGGGAGUGCAGAUACGAUACAGGGGGAUGGACCGCACACACCUUCCGUGGGUAAUACCGCCGCCGCCGCAGAUACAAACGUUCUUACCGCUAAAGGCGAGGGGCACGAUGGACCCGCAUUGACAGCUGAUGUGAGCGCGAGCUCUGGUGCGGAUGGGGAGACGGCAGGAGGAACGGAUGGGCAGGGAGAGGAGGGAAUCCAUCCACAGGCCGGGGAAGUAAAGUCUGCGGCACUCAACAGCAGCCUGGGAAAUUCGUCGCAGGGGAAUAACACUGAUGCGUGUACUGUGCGUGAGAGUGGACUGCUGCCAUCGCUGCCAUCGCUUCUUCUGUUGGGACUGUGGGGGUUUGCGACUCUGUGA